GGUCAGUGUUCGGGACAUUUGGAUAACCUUUAUUGGCGGCACAGUUGUAUUAAGUUUUCUUGAAAAUGCCUAACACGAAGGGAGAUGCCAUGCGGGGUUUAGCCGUUUUUAUCUCUGAUAUCCGAAACUGUAAAAGUAAAGAAAGCGAAAUACGCCGCGUCAAUAAGGAGCUCGCAAAUAUUAGAUCAAAAUUUAGAGGUGAUAAAACACUUGAUGGUUAUCAGAAAAAGAAAUAUGUCUGUAAAUUGCUCUUCAUAUUUCUUUUGGGGCACGAUAUUGAUUUCGGACACACUGAGGCAGUCAAUCUGCUUUGCUCAAACCGAUAUACAGAAAAGCAAAUAGGGUAUUUAUUCAUAUCUGUACUCAUCAAUGAAUCACACCCACUCAUGAAUUUGGUUAUUUCACGUCUUAAGGAUGACCUGAAUAGCCGGAAUCCUGUGUUUAUGAAUCUUGCAUUGCAAUGCAUCGCCAAUAUAGGGAGUCGUGAAAUGGCUGAAAAUUUUGCAGACAAGAUCCCUAAAUUACUUGUAUCAGGUGAUACAAUUGACUCCAUCAAACAAAAUGCUGCUCUUUGUCUUCUGAAGUUGAUUAGGGUUGCUCCUGAACUGAUUACAUAUGAUGAUUGGACUGUUAGAGCCAUGCAUCUGCUUAAUGACCAACAUUUGGGUGUUGUGACAUCGGCCGUUAGUCUGAUCGAUGCUUUGGUGAAAAGAAGUCCAGAAGAACACAAAGGAUGUGUAUCUCUUGCUGUUUCACGCCUUAGCAGAUUAAUAACAUCUUCUUAUACUGACCUACAAGAUUAUACCUACUACUUUGUUACUGCUCCGUGGUUAUCUGUCAAGUUACUACGUCUACUUCAGAACUACCCACAACCAGAGGACACUACGGUUCGUGCUAGACUUGCUGAGUGCCUCGAUACUAUUUUGAAGAAAGUUCAAGAAGCUCCAAAAUCAAAGAAAGUACAACAUCCAAAUGCUAAAAAUGCUGUUCUUUUUGAAGCUAUCAAUCUUAUAAUCCAUAUGGAUUCUGAUCCCAAAUUACUUGUCCGUGCUUGUAAUCAGUUAGGACAGUUCCUACAACACAAGGAGACCAAUCUACGUUACUUAGCUCUUGAAUCAUUAUGCUUGUUGGCUACGAGUGAAUUCAGUCACGAGGCAGUCAAGAAACAUCAGGAAACUAUUGUAAAUGCACUCAAAAGUGAACGGGAUGUUUCAGUUCGUCAAAGAGCUGUGGAUCUCUUAUAUGCUAUGUGCGAUCGAACUAAUGCUCAAGCUAUUGUAGGGGAGAUGCUCAGCUACUUGGAAGUAGCGGAUUAUGCUAUCCGUGAGGAGAUGGUUUUAAAGGUUGCUAUCUUGGCGGAAAAAUACGCCACUGACUAUUCUUGGUAUGUGGAUACUAUACUGAACUUAAUAAGAGUUGCUGGUGAUUAUGUUAGUGAUGAAGUUUGGCAUCGUGUCAUCCAGAUUGUUAUAAAUCGUGAAGACGUACAAGGAUAUGCGGCAAAGACAGUGUUUGAGGCACUCCAAGCUCCUGCAUGUCAUGAAAAUAUGGUUAAAGUUGGAGGAUAUAUUUUGGGUGAAUUUGGCAAUCUGAUUGCAGGGGACCCAAGAUCAGCACCUAAAGUACAAUUCAAUUUAUUGCAUAGUAAAUUUCAUUUAUGUACUCCAACUACACGUCAACUAUUGUUGUCCACGUAUAUGAAGUUUAUCAAUUUGUUUCCAGAAAUUAAGUCCGAUAUACAAUCUGUACUACAAAAUGACAGUAAUUUACGUAGUUCCAAUGUAGAAAUACAGCAACGAGCUACUGAAUAUUUAGCGCUAUCGCGAAUCGCCACUGACGACGUAUUGGCUACUGUUCUAGAAGAAAUGCCACCUUUCCCAGAGCGUCAUUCCAGUAUUUUAGCUAAACUUAAGGCUAAAAAUCCUAAUACUGAUGGUACAAUAUCAAAAUCGGAAGCUAUUGGGGAAAGUUAUGCUUUGAAUUCAACCAAAAUCGAUCAUGAUAAUAAUCACGAUGUUAAUCGUGAAGCAGAUUUACUCAAUUUCGGCAAUCCUGGUACUGUAUACAAUGAAGUCCAGUCAAAACCAAACGGAUCAUCUAGUCUAUUAGUUGAUAUAAUGGGCAAUGGUUUGGCUUCUCCUCAUGCCAGUGGUGAUCAAUACAUAAAUCAUAAAGAAUUCACAAACUUUUUGACAAGACAUAAUGCAAUAUUAUAUGAGAAUUCUCUUAUUCGUAUUGGUAUUCGAAUGGAAUCUUGUGGUCAGUUUUGUCGUUUAGGUGUAUUCUACGGGAACAAAUCUCCUCAUCCAUUCACAGUGUUUUGUUCUCAAGUCACUUGUCCAGAUGCAAUGGAUGUGAACGAAUUGGCUAAAGCUAUUUCCAUUGAACUUCAACCUGGUCCUGAUCGAAUUGAAGCAGGGACACAAGUUCAACAAACAUUAAAUGUUGAAUGUUUACGUCCUUUUACUGAAAUAGUAAAACUUGAUGUUUCUUAUUUAUGUGAAGACUCGAAACAACGUUAUGCUCUUAUGCUUCCAGUAACAUUAAAUAAGUUCCUUCAGCCUGCAGAGAUGGAUCAAGCAACAUUUUUCUCUCGGUGGAAAUUAUUGUCUCAACCUGGACGAGAAUGUCAAAAAAUUAAUCCUCCACUGUUCUCAUUAGAAACAUCUUUCUUAAGGACCACUACUAAAAACUUUGGGUUUGGUUUAUUGGAUGGAAUUGAUCCUAAUCCAAAUAAUGUUGUUGGUGCAGGUAUUGUUAUAACUAGUAGUCAACAAGUUGGUGUACUACUUCGAUUGGAACCGAAUACACAAUUAAAGAUGUAUUGCCUUACUAUUCGCAGUACACGAGAAAUCGUCUCAUCUCAUUUAGCCAAACUCAUUGAACAAUUGAUCUAAAUUGAAUAGUUGUGUCAUCAUUGUUACUAUUGUUGUUUAUAUUCAAUUAAUAAUCUGAUCAAUUUUAAUGCGUCUAUGAUGGACCAAUUCAGUGGAACAUUCUUUAUAAUUUAUAUUGCAAUGUGGUUUCAUCUUGGCAAAAAAAAUAGAUUUAUAACAUUAAUAAUGUUGAUAAGCAAUGAGAAUUCUUUAUCAUUCCCAUUAUAUAUAUAUCGUUGUUAUUAAUGUCGUUGCCGUUGUUGUUUUCUCUUUUGAUAAAAACAUAAGACAAAUAUGUUUUCUACUUUGUUCUUAGAAUAAAAAACUCACUAGUUUUACAUGCGCAUGUGUAUGUGCAUUCCUGAUUGAAUUGUAUUUAAUUUACUCAUUUCUGUUUUAUGCUAGGUUUUCUUUCAUCUUUCAUCUCUCUAUGCCUAUACCUCUUCUGUACUGUUUGAUUAUUUAGUUUAACUUAUAUCUACCUGUCUACUUAAUUACUUGUAGAAUAUUAUUUAUUAGUUAGUUUUCAAUCUGUUUAUGAUUAUUUUAGUCAUUACUUGUUUAUUAUUUCAUGGUAUUCUAUGAUAAUAGUAAUAAUAACAAUGUUCUGUUUUGCGUGUUCACCAUAUUAUGACAUGUAGUCAUCAUAAUCAUCAUCGUUAUCACCUAAUUUCAAUGAGGAUUAUUUUUUGUUACCAUCUAUUAAUCAUCUAUAUUCAUUCAGUCACUGAUACAUGUGUUAAUUGGCUUCACCAAAUUCAUUCAUCAAUCACUCCAUAUUCAUUGUGAUUUAUUUUGCAUUUCUAUAAAUACAAAGUUAGACAAUUAAUUUUUUUUUAAAAACAAAAAUUAUAAUUAUUUCCAAUUGUUUGCUCUAUUAUAAUUGUCAUCGUUUCACUACACUGAUGAUGAUGAUAAUCAUUAUUAUUAUUAUUAUGGAAAUUAUCAAACAAUGUGAUUCUUUUUCUCUCCCUUCUUAUUUAUCUUUGUUACUGUUGCUUUUAUGUUAGGAUCCGAAAGUGUUGAAGCAUAUUAUUUAUUGUUCGUGAUUUUAUAUAUAUAUAUAUAUAUAUAU